AUGCAUUUCUUACUCUUCGUCCUCAACGCGAUCCUCGCUGCAAACCUAUCUAGCGCGGUGUUUGUCUUGUCUGAUGAAGACAUUGACGACUGGUUACCUGGCCCCCUCGUCCAGCCUAGCAAGGAGUGCGGUCAAUCGUAUAAUCCCCACGAUUACGUGUGCCACAACGGAAGACUCUGCCCUGUAAUCAACGGCGAGCCGCUGGGCCUUUGCGGCCCCACCUGCUUCUCCAAGUAUAUGUACAUCUGCCACAACGGCACGAGACUGCUGACUCGGCCGCCGCUGCGCACGGGGUUUUCUACUCUACGCGCCGAGAACCCGCGAGAGCGCGAGGAGGUUGCCGGACAGAAGAAUUACACCAACGGCGUCGACGGCAAGCCCAUGACGGCUUGCGGACAUGCGUGGAACAUCGGCGGCAAUACAUGCAGCUACUGUCACACAAAGACGGUGCCGAAUUGCCCGUCAGGUAACCUGACGGCGCUGUCGAUGGCAAGAAACUCCAUGCUCGUCAUGGUGCCCGGCGGCCAGCGAUUCUUUCUGACCGCGGACUGGACGAUCGGGUACACCAGUGCUCAUUCGGCGUUUGAGCCGCCAGGAUCGACGAAGGCGGGGUUCAGGACGUACGCGGGAGGCGGAUUCUUCAACAAUUUGAACGGCGCGUGGGGGUGGGCGGCGUGCGGGCAAGGGGAGCAAAAGAGGCUGCAUGUGAGAAAUUCGACGAAUAGACAGGAACUGAAGGGCUGUACGGGGCUGAAUCUGCGGAUUGAGGAGUUUGAAGGUCUCAGACCGGCUUGGCAGUAUGAGUAG